AACUGGACGUAUUUAAUGCUGACCGGCCCUUACACUCGAUCACUCCGUCCGCCAUUCCGGCCAGACAAGAAGCUGACCAUGAUGGUCAAGUCAUAUAUACCCUUCCUUAUUGUGGCAUUGCAUGUCGCGCUCGUGCUUACAGUUGACAUUGACCAGUUGGCCAAGGAUAUAGCCAUCACCUAUGAUGUGGACCGCCACAACCCGCCCAGUCCUGUGUACGGGAAUUCCUUCCUCGCCAACAUAUCUCUAGCCAACGUCGGCAACAACUCUAUCCCCGCGUCAGGGUGGAGUUUAUACUUCUGUCACAACCCACUGAUUCAACCCCUUUAUUACAACACAACGGCAGCUCAAUACUUCGGUGGAGGGCUCAUUCUAUCAGGAAACAUCACCCUUACACACGUUAAAGGAUGCAUGUUUAAAUUUGAGCCGUAUGUCGGUACAAACCCAGCCUAUCAAUCACAGCCCCUGGGUCCUGGGGAGACCCGAAACGUGUCUUUCCUCUCGUCCAACACGGCCGUCAGUCGGUACGAUGUAUAUCCUAACUGGUACCUCUCUAACGGCACGCACACCGCCAUCAUACAGAAUACCAAGAAUGAUGUCCCACUUUUUGUCACUCCACACAACACUUUUCUGAAAUGGAUGAGAAGUGUUCCUACCGAUUUGUACGGAACUCCCCUUGGCCUGUGGAACAGAUAUACGGGAUACAACUUCACAGCGGUUAACGCCACCAAAUACUCCGUCAUCCCCACCCCUCUAGAACAGAAACUCAAGACUGGAAAAGUUAACGUCAACAACAAGUGGUCGAUCGACCGGGACCGAGACGGACGUCUAGCCGGAGUGGCAACAUAUCUCAAAAAAUCCAUCAGUGGGAUAACCAUCAAGAACAAGAAGCGAGGCAGCAAGGACGUCAUCCAACUAUACAUUCGCAGAAACCGACCCGCCACCGAGAGCCCUGAACGGUAUCUCCUUCGAGUAAAGUCCACACCCCCAAGGAUCGAAAUCGGCGGAAAUACUGUCCAUGGUGUGUUCAAUGGCAUCCAAACACUUUUCAGUCUUCUCGCAUUCGAUGGUACCGUCCAGGAGAUGGAAAUUUCAGACGAACCACGUUUUCCGUACAGAGGAGUUAUGCUGGAUGUGGCGAGUAACUUCUACCCAAAGUCAACGGUGAUCAAACUCUUGAAUGUGAUGGCGUUAUAUAAGCUGAACAAACUCCAACUCAAGCUUGCAAACAACGAAGGCUGGCGUAUUGAAGUACCAGACAUCCCCGAGCUUGCACAGAUUGGAGGACGUCGCUGUCAUGAUCAUAACGAGACAACAUGUCUGUUUACUCAGUUUGGCUCUGGACCCGACAACACCACUUCAGGUUCAGGAUUUUACACCGGAAAGGAUUACAUGGACAUACUGAAAGCCGCUAAAAGACGACACAUUGAAAUUAUUCCCUGGAUCAAUUUUGGUGGGAAGUCGCGAGCUGCAAUCGUAUCUAUGAAAUCUUACGAAAAGAGAACAGGUGACCAAAGUAUGAGAAUCUUCGACCCCGCGGACGACGUACACUAUAUGACCGAAGACCUGUACAGUGACGCCGUUAUCAAUCCUUGUAUACCCACAGUAGACGCCUUCUUCACCAAGAUUCUUAAGACCAUGAUCGGUUACCACGCCAGGGCCAAAUCUCCACUUACAUUAAUCAACGUCGGAGGUCAUGACGUCCCAGCCGCUACCAGGAUAAACUCCACGUAUUGUAAUUCACUAAAUCUGACCGGACCGGACCCAUUCAUGUUGAUGAAGGUAAAUUAUACAACUCGUUUGGCGAAUAUAUCCUCCACCCUCGGUGUAAACUUUGGUGGUGUCGAGGAUUUCUUCAGUGCCUGGCCCACCAACGACGAGAGAGGAGGAAUCCUCGUUCCAUUCAGUCGUACACGUUUCCCUGGAAACAUCGACCUGUACCCUGUUUUGACCAACUCGUUUGACCCUAUGACGUUCCAGAGGGCCCAAGUGAUGGCUAAUGUCGGCUACAAGGUGAUACUUUCUCCCGCUGACUACGUUAGUUUGGACCACGCCCCGGAACCCGACCCAAACAUUCCUGGAGCAUAUUGGGCAAUCCGUCACAUACAAGCUACCAGGGUAUUCAACUACCUGCCUGACAAUCGCUGUUGUAACCUGAAUCCUGACGAAUUUAGGUACGGCAAAUUCACACCUAAUGGCUGUAUCGAUACUGACGACUGUGUGCCACUUGACUACCCAGGCAACAUAACAGGCAUGCAAGCACAUAUUCUGACGCCCAAGAUCCGUAGCGAAGAACACCUUUUUGGACUGAUGUUCCCACGGUUACUUGCCUUCGCCGAGCGCGCUUGGCACAAAGCAGAUUGGGAAUCCUCCUAUGUAGGACGUUUCAACAGAUCCAUGCCAUUUGUCCCUCCUAACCUCCAGGCUCAGAACGACGACUGGGUCAGAUUCGCCAGCAUAGUCGGGCAUAAGGAGCUGAGACGUCUCGAGGCAUAUACAAUACUACACCGUAUACCGCCACCAGGUGUUCAUGUUGACCCCCAGUUCUACGAUCCUUUCGAUAGCAAGAAUAAGAGUGUGAUAUUGACGGAUGUCCAAUACCCCGGACUUGUCCCACAGGUUUACGGUGCCAACGGUCAAUGGGCCGAUCUCGGACCUAUCACCGACAUAACAAAUCUCACCAUCUCUACUCUAACCUUCAGGACAAGAAAUGCUGCCGGAAACAGAUUCAGUGAAAUGGAAGGCCUGGAUCUAAAGGUUCCUAAUGCGUAUAUGGCCCAGCUGAUAGCUAACGGUAUAAUGUACAAUCCACGCCUGGUUUCCGGUAUGAGACGGGCUGGACCAACAUCCACAUCAAAAUCAGUGUCGACAUCAACGCCCACCACACCUGGUGUAACGUUAUCUCCAACAUCACGUAAAUCCUCAACAAAGGCUAAAGGCAAAGUGACGGGCUGACGAGAAUACAAUUAGUACUCCCUCGGACUUCGUUGAUCCAGUGUCUUACAAGGUUUCUGCAAAUUGAGUAGAAAGUUACAAAAUUGUGUGGUUGUUACGGCAACAGUUAGUGCUGUCCAGUGCUACACUAUCAACUUCUGCUCUGAAUCACGUGUCAAAGACACAAUGACGUCACAUCUCAUCUUAUAUCAUCUUACACGUGACGGUCUUGCUGGCCGCAUCCCUGGGGGAUGCAUCAUCACACGAACUGUUAUGGUAGAUUAGUUUUAUAAUAAAAUAUAGAUAUAUGAAAAC